AUGCAGCCGCAGGUCUCCUUCACCACGUGGAACGCCCGUGCCCUCUUGUGCAACAACAUGACGCAGCGCCGACGCAAGACACAGUGCAUGGUGGAGGCGCUUCGCGCCACCUCGGCGCUUGCUCUGCAGGAAGUUCAUGGGUCACACGCUGAGCUCCAACAUGCUGUACACCUGGCCCACAUCGAGGCGGCGAUCUUCUCAUCCAUCCCAGAGCGUGGCACUGGGGGCGUGGCCAUCAUCGUCCCUGGACUCCCGCAAUCCGUGGCUGCCGACGAGUCCCGCUUCACGCACACCGAAAUGGUCCCUGGUCGAGUGCAGCGCCUCCUCAUCAAGACCGUGACGGAGGCUGAGGCUGCCCAAGGGUCUCUCCCGAACAUGGUGGUGAUCUACAACGUCCACAACUUCAGGCUGACUGCGCAGGAGGUCGACAAGGUCACGCGAUCUCUUCGCGCCGAGGUGUACACUGCUGCCCAGCAACCGGAGCGGAUCACGAUAUUGGUCAUGGGCGACUUCAACUUCAUGGACGAAGUUUCGCUCAAGGCGCCUCUGGAGUUCAGCCGAAAGAUGCAGAGGGCGAUCACACGGCGUGGCAAGCUGUGGGCACCCUCUGGGAAGGUUCUGAAGCUCAAGGCAAUCGAGGUCCUGCAUGACCACUCCAAGACGUCCAACCCCGACGAGAUGAUUGCGGAGCUACAGAAACAGUGGGCACCAGUCUUCCAGCCGAAGCCGAGCUCCACACAACACGUGCAACGUUACCUCGAGAAGCAUGUGAAGAAGUUCGACUGCUCGGACAUGGGCAUCCCCACGCUUGGCAAGAUGCAGCACCUCAUCCGCUCCCUGAACAACUCGGCUCCAGGACCUGAUGGUCUACCGUACAUGGCAUGGAAGAAGACACCGAUCGCUGCACAAGUGCUCCUCAAUGUCACGAUCGAGAUCAUGAGAGGUCUCCCUGUGCCCAUGGACUUCAAUGAGUCGCUCCUGAUCUUCACCCCUAAGGGGUCUGAACCUGAAGACCGCCAGACCGUGACAAGGCUGGCGAAGGCUACGCGCCCUCUCUCCCUCAAGAACACGGACUGCAAGAUCGUGGCAGCCAUGGGCAACUUCCUGAUCAAGGCCAUAGUGGCCAAGAUCGUCUCAAUGGAGUACUCCACGAUAUCUGCUCUAGUCCGAAGCGCUAAGGAGACGAUCAUGAACUGGGACCUCUGGCUUCGACGUCUGCGCAUCGUGGUUCAGAAUGAACUGGAGUUCCAGCACUUCGGCAACCUGCACAACUUCGCCCCGCGGCACUGGAAGGAGCCCCCAUUUGCGUGGCACCUCCACGAGGCGGCGACGGGGUUCAAGGUCGGAGAGUCGGGGGCUGCGCACCGCAUGGCUUUCGAGCGAGUGAUCAUUGCUUUCCAUACUUACAAUAUCCAGGCCAGGCUCUGCCAGGGACAGCGCAGCGCCGUCUCCAACUUCUUCUUCCCGGACCAGGAGGAGCUGGACAUGGACAAGUCGAUGCCGCUGGAGGACCACGUCGAGGAGUUUCGCCAGGGCGCAAUCCGCGCCGGCAUCGCCACGCUCGCAUGCAUCUCCGUCUGCCUCUACUUCUACAAGGAGCUGACGACCAUCAUGGAGUCUCCCGCGCAGGUGAGCGGCGUGGUGAAGUUUGUCCAGCUGGCCCCUGGCGAGUUCUUCUUCGUCUCCCUGAAGGCGGCGGUCGCCGUGGGCUUGCUCGUGGCGUUCCCCUACAUCCUCUUCGAGGCCGCAGUCUAUUUCACCCCGGCCCUGACGCGGUCCGAGCGAGGAGUCGUCGGACCGACGGUGGCAUCCUCCGCGGUGCUCUUCUACUCCGGCGUGGCCUUCGCGUACUACACCUUGGCGCCCGCCGCGUUGGGCUUCUUCAUAGACUACUCCGAGGGCGUCAUCGAGAGCAACUUCUCCAUUGACCAGUACUUCGAGUUCAUCCUCGCAACAGGGUUCGCCACGGGCCUCGCGUUCCAGGUCCCUGUGCUGCAGGUGUGCCUUGGGCUGCUCAACGUGGUGAAGUCCGAGCAGCUCUUCUCAGUCUGGCGGUACGUCAUCGUGGGCGCGGCCAUAGCUGGGGCCAUCCUGACGCCGUCCACGGACCCAGUCACGCAGCUGCUGCUCACAAGCGCGCUUUGUGUCCUCUAUUUCACAGGUGCGGGGACACUCCAGCUCAUGGGCCGAUGA